AUGGCGCUGAACCUGAGAUCUUUGCCCUCUAGCCGCUCCGCCUUGAAUCAAUCCCAUAAAAUCCAGCAUGCAGUGCAGUCCAGUCUGGCUGGAAUAGAAUAUAAGUUACAAGAACAGCUUACAGCUUAUGGAAGAAGAGACAAGGAAGACAAAUUUGGGGUUUCCAGCACCACUAAGCUUGGAUCUAAUGGAGCUCUCACUCCAGUGCGGCAGGAUGAACUGCAAAACCACACAUUCAUGCACACGAUCUUCUGUCAGACAGCAACUCCCAACAUAGGGCUCUCCGAGACCUAUGAUGGGGACCAUCUCUUCUCCUUCGACUUCUCCGAGAGUACACGAGUGCCUCGCCUACCUGAAUUUGCUGCCUGGGCUCAGAAGUCUGAUGACAUUUCCACCAUUUUAUUUGACAAAACAUUCUGCUUGAUGUUGGCAGAGCAAGUGGGCCCAAAAUUGGAAGGAAAAAUCCCAGUGUCUAGAGGGAUCCCUAUUGCUGAGGUAUUCACGCUGAAGCCCCUGGAGCUUGGCAAGCCCAAUACAUUGGUCUGUUACAUCAGUAAUCUCUUCCCACCCACGUUGACGGUGAACUGGCAGCAUAAUUCGGUCCCUGUGGAGGGAACGGGGCCUUUUAUCUCAGCUGUUGACGGACUCAGCUUCCAGGCCUUUUCUUACUUAAACUUCACACCAGCAGCCUAUGACCUCUACUCCUGCAGCGUGACUCAUGAGAUUGACAGCUACACAGCAAUUGCCUAUUGGGUCCCCAGAAAUGCAUUGCCCUCAGAUCUCCUGGAAAAUGUGCUGUGUGGGGUGGCCUUUGCCUUGGGUGUGCUUGGCAUCAUAGUUGGCUUAAUCCUCAUCAUCUACUUCCAAAGGCCUUGUGCUGGUGGCUGAUUCUUCCUACCAGAAUCUGAUGCCAACAGUUCUGACCAUCCAAGCAGGAGGUGCACAGAUUCUCAUGUCAGUCCAGGAUCUUGCCUUCAGAGUGGAUGUUCCUGGUACCCCCCCAGUGUAUGUAUGUGGUGUGUGUGUGUGUGGUGCGGUGUGUGUGUGUGUGUGUGUGUAUACAGGUUUCUCAGCUGGGGGCUCUGCUGUGCCUGGACUUGCAUCCAGGGGUGACGUUCCUAUCACAAUCACAUUCCAGACAAUAAAUCUGU